CACGCACGGCGUUGGUGCGUGGGCGCCCAGAGGUUCCGCCUUUCGGCAGUCCCAGUGGAGCUUGCUGGUACUGGCGGGAGUGCGUGUAGUGCGCGAGCCUCGGGCGGUGGAGGCCGGGGAGCGAGGGCCGGCCGUGCCCAUUGCGCGGGGCCCUCCCUGGCGCCCGGCCUUAGGCCGCGGCAAGCGCGCAGGCCGCCAUGUCGUACAUGCUCCCGCACCUGCACAACGGCUGGCAGGUGGACCAGGCCAUCCUGUCGGAGGAGGACCGCGUGGUGGUCAUCCGCUUCGGCCACGACUGGGACCCCACGUGCAUGAAGAUGGACGAGGUCCUGUACAGCAUCGCCGAGAAGGUUAAAAAUUUUGCAGUUAUUUAUCUUGUGGAUAUUACGGAAGUACCUGACUUCAACAAAAUGUAUGAGUUAUACGAUCCAUGUACUGUCAUGUUUUUCUUCAGGAACAAGCACAUCAUGAUUGACCUGGGGACUGGCAACAACAACAAGAUUAACUGGGCCAUGGAGGACAAGCAGGAGAUGGUCGACAUCAUCGAGACAGUGUACCGCGGGGCCCGCAAAGGCCGCGGCCUGGUGGUGUCCCCCAAGGACUACUCCACCAAGUACCGAUACUGAGGCGCCCUCAGUCUGUGCGGUCAGUGUUGUGCAGCCUUUUUCGUGCAGAAAUGUUUUAAGUUAUUUAAAGCCUUUGGAGCUCCAGGGCUGGAGGACCUCUGAGAUGGAAUUCAUUCCAUGGCCUUAACUAACUGAAAUGAACAAGCACGUGAGAGGAGCAGUCCUACUUGUUUGUUCUUGGGAAACUCAAAUAGAUGACUGAUCUUCUGAGUCAAAGUUAAUUCUUAUCCUUGGAGUAAAAUGAAGGUAUUUAUCCAUUGAG